GACGCGGGCGCCGGCGCGGGCCCGCCGCCGCCGGAGAGCGCCGGGGCUGGCGCCGUGGGCGGGGCCGUGGCCGGGGCGGGCGCCGAGGAGGACGGCGAGAGCGAGCGCACGCUGCAGGAGGCCGUGCCGUGCCACGACAAGGCGCAGGAGCCGCGCACGGCCCAGCGCAGCGACUUCUGGGUGCUGUACAACUACGUGGCGGCGCGGCGCCGCUUCCACUGCUGGGAGUCCAUCACCUACACCACGCACGCCGACUACACCUUCCUCGACAACCUCAAGCCGCUGCUGGAGCGCUGGCAGGGUCCCGUGUCGUUGGCUCUACACGCUCCAGGAGCAGACUUCAAACCAACACUGGACUCCAUUCGCUGGGCGCGGGCCUGCAUAACUCCAUUAGUAGCAGAUUUGGUGACAUUCCACGUCUUCUUCGGUACACAUCAUAUUCCCCGGGAAGUGCCUCGAUCUGCAAGUGCUUUGUCUGGCCCCGCCCCGAACUGUUCCGCGCCAGCCCCUUGGACUAAUGUUUCUGCUGCGCAGCUUUAUAAAUCUCGUAGUCACAUUCUUUAUCCGGUCAACGUGGGGCGCAAUGUAGCUCGUGAAUCUGCUACAACACACUUCGUAUUGCCGUCCGAUAUAGAGUUGUACCCUAGUCCUGGAACAAUCGCUGCUUUCCUAGAUAUGGUAAGACGUGGCGAUUCACCUUUGCGACGACCUGCACCAAAAGUAUUUCCACUUUCAAUAUUUGAACUGGAGAAAGGUGCACCACUUCCAGAAAACAAAACACAAUUGGUUAGCAUGUUGAAGAAUGGCACUGCAAUUCCAUUUCAUAAAAAGCUUUGUCCAGGAUGUCACAAUGUUCCUCAUAGUAAAGAGUGGCAAGCAGCAAAUAUCACUGAAGGUCUUCAUGUGUUCCACAUCGGUAAACGUAUUGGAUAUCAUGUACACUGGGAGCCCAUAUUCAUAGGCACUAACAGAGAACCUCUAUAUGAUGAGCGCCUAUCAUGGGAGGGAAAGUCUGACAAAAUGACCCAAGGAUAUGCCCUGUGUGUACUGGAUUACGAAUUUCAUAUAUUGGAUAAUGCUUUCUUGGUGCACAAACCUGGAAUCAAGACCCUUAAGAAGGAUCCACAACGAGCAGUUUUGGCCAGCAAGACCAAUAAUCUUAUUAAAAAAGUUAUUUUUCCGGAGUUGAAAGUUCUUUAUGGAGUUCGUAAAGGAUGUGCAGUCUGACCCACAACAAAAAUGUUUUUAAUGAAGAAGAAGCUCAGAUGAAUGAAAUUCCCUGACUUUCCCAGUUUUCCUGAACUAAGUGAAGGAUAGUAAGAAAAUUUGCUGAGAAAGGUGACACAUCUAAGUACUUAAAAUGGAUCUACAUUCAUUGUUCAAUUCAUCAAGUCUAAAAGUGAUAUGGAUUGAUCACAGUAUUGGUGCUGUGCCUGCACCAGGCAGUGAGAACUAUACUGUUAAAUGGAAGCAAGUGCAGUGAAUUGUAUGUUCUUUCCAGUUUUGUGAAUUAAAGGGAAUUGAAUAAAGAAUAGAAAUAGCAUUUGCCAUAUGAUUAAGGCAGCUAAAAGACCUAUGCAGAAUGCAUGAUUAGUCACCACUUCAGUUGAAAGUGGGUGCUCAACCAAGGUUGUAGAUAGUGUAGAUGAGACAUUCCUGGAGAAAAGAUACUAGUAUGUAGAAAUAAACAAUUUUUUUCAAAGACAAAUGGCAGUGUGCAGUGGUGCUAAUGUUUUGUGGAAUUGCUGAACGUUACUUGUGUUUUUGUAUGUUGGGAUUAGUGCAACUUUUUGUUCUUGAUGUGACAAGGUAAUCAAAAAACAUUCUUGGAUGUCAUGAAGUAGGCUGUUGUUGCGUAUUCAUGCUAAGACUGAUACGGGGUAUAUGAUGGUAUAUAGUAUUGAUGCAACAACUGAAACAAACUUUGAUACAUAGAAAUAAUUUUAUUGAUUUUAUUUUAGUAUCCCUGUAUUUUGGUGCCUGCAAGCAAAGAUCGUGAUAUUCUUGUUAGUCUUCAGCUGGUAUUGAAAUUCCAAUGUUUUAUGUUGUUCCUAUUUCAUGUAAGAUUUUUAAUGAUGACUGUUUUAUUAUAGUGCCAUUAUUCAUAUAUAUUUUUGUUACAUUCUAAAAAUAGAAUUUAGAAUCUGGCAUUUUUAGAUAAGGCAGCAAUAAUUUUGUUUUCUCAAAAUAGGUGAUAGGGGUGUGGCAUUUUUUGGUUCAAACACUUGCGAAUAUUGCAAGUUUUGUCAUUCAGUUAGAGUAUGAUUCUGUUACAAGUAGAAUAUGUUGCUAUUUAAGAACUAUAAUUCUCAAAAUCAACGCCUAAGUUUAUAUUGAAGUAUUGUUUGUUUCCUAGAAAAAAAAUACAUACAGAUAUUUAAUAUUCUGUAAAAUUGAAUAUACUUUGAUAAAAUUAAUAAUGUAAUUGAAAUAAUGGAACUUUUGUUUUUAUGGAGUUUCAAAAGAAAGGUUACUUUUUUUGUUUGAAGACUUGAAAUGCCAUUGCUGCUUUGUUCUAGAAAGAUCUGAUGUAAUAAUAAUACUGCCUGUUUUGGAACAUGUGUUAAGCUAUCGGAAGAGAAAUAGGGAUGGUGUUUUCUUAAGUGUAUUUCAAAUUAUUUCCAUUGAUACUUCAUUUAAUUUUUGUCAAAUCACCUUAAGUGUUGUUACUUAAAUGCCUUUAGAUCAGUUCUAUAAAAUACUUUCCUUAAAUGUGGACCAUAGAUGUACUUCUUUUCUUGUAUAUUGUAGCUAUCCUUCUCAAUGGAAGAUUUUUCAAAUAUCAAUGGAUACGAAUUGGUUUCAUAAAUGUUGCUUGACUGGAAUUUUCAGUAAAUCAUACUUGAAAUGCAGUGAACAUUUUGCACCAAUUUAUAAGUCAUAAAAAUGUGCCUUAUCUUCUCAUAUCCUAACUUUUCUACAAUGUCAGUAUUGUCUAGCAUUGUGCUGUACUGCAAGUGACUCAUUACUAUUGCUUAAUUGUAUAGUGGAGUUUGGGUCACAAGAGUAAUUUAUGUCUUAUUUUUAAUUAGAAUUUGCAAAAUAAGUUUUUUGAAUGGUGAUCUGGGCUAAAUGCUUUGCAUUGUAUGUAAAACAAAAGAAUAAUUUGAUGAAAUGGUUCUCUUAUUGUUCCUACAUUCUGUAUUCUGUAAGUAUUUAAAUGGAACUUGUAAUAAAUUGAGUGUAUUUGUAUUGGCAUGUUACGUUGGAUUGAAAAUCAACCCAUAGCCCAGAUUACGAUUGUAAUCUGAUACAAGUACAUUUAAGGUAAAUCAGUAUUUAUUUCAGUGGGCUUCAGUCUCGACAAUUUUCUGUGCUGUUGUGCUCCUGCAUUGUAAUGGUGCUGUAGUCUUUGGAGUAAAAGCCUGUUGUAACAUGGUUGCCUGUUGAUGGAGAAGUGAAUUUUAGCCACUUUUGCUAAGAAGAAAUUUUAAUGUUUAGGUAUAAUAAUCAGGUAUUUUUAUCGAGUUUGCUUUAGUUUUGAUUCUUUCAGGCAAGUAAACAUUCAAAAACUUCAUUUUUUCCAUUUUUAUUCAUAAAAUUAUUUGUACAGAUAUGUGGCCUUCCAUUGAAUGCAAUUCCUUUUUAAUAGAAAUUUAUUAAGACUCAGACUAUUUUAAGGUGUCUGAAGAAGUGAUGACUAGUUGGAAUAGAUAAUGGAUGAAAAGCAAUUCCAAGAAGGUGAAUUAUUAAUUUUUGGGGUAAAAGUAACAUGUCUGUAUGCAAAUAGAAAUUCAACUACCUUUGUACCAACUACCAACGGUUUAGCUGGUUGUCUUAAACACACUUAUCUCAAAUCGCAAUUAAAACUAUCAAACAAAUCACAAUUUCUUUACUAUAAAGUGAAGGCAUUGACAAUUCAAAAAUAAAUUACUGUCACUGUAUUUUGUAUUGGACCCUUUCGUCUUUAAUAAGGAAAUAUUCCAUCUCGUCCACGAGGGCUUUGAAGUUUCCUUUCCUGUGAUAAUUCAUGUUAAGGUAUACAUUGUCCUUUUCAUGCAGUCGUUCAAUUCCAAAGUCCAAUAAAUAGAAUAGUUAAUGAUAAUCUCAAAGAUAAAUUAUUUUCUCAUGAAAGUGUUAAGAAAUCCUCUGUAAUGAAGACUAUGUAUACAUGCCUAAAUUAACAUUUAUGUUCACAAAAAAAGGUAGUAAAACCUAUAAAUAUUAUCUAAUAUAUUCUCUAUAGAAACAGUGAAGACCUUUUUUACGAAUUUUGAAAUGUAGGUGUUACAAAAUCAAAAAUAGAGUAUACAACAAAAGAGAUGAGAAGCAUGAUAUUAAACUUACCUGAUUAAAAAAAAUAUAUAAGAAACAAAAUUAUCUUUUUGUUUCAAACAAUCGCUAAAGGUGAAAAAAAAAAUCAGAUUAAUGUUUACAUGAAUUAGUAUUAAAUAUGCAAUACCUGUGUUAAAACUGGCUUUUACUUUAAAAACAUGUGAACAGUAUAAUUGUUGCUUCAAUAAAAUGUGAUGUAUAUGAACAUAUUGUUUCUUGAAGAAAUAUUUCUUUGAAUUAAAUUGCAUAUAUCACUGAAAA